AUGAAUGGCCUGGUAGAUGAUGAUGAUGAUGCGUGGUCAUAUUCCUUUCCACCUUCGACGGACGAUUUAUUAAUUGAGAAUGGGGACAGAAAACCCAAUUCACAAACUAUGAAAAUAGAUGAAUCCGGAGAUAGCAGCACGACAUCAAAAGAAUCUAACACUGACGAAGACAAGUUAAAAGUAACAAAAGAUGGCAUUGAGUUGAAUGGAUCCGAAGAUGAGAAUAGGUCUUUGAGCUCCUAUGAAUCCUCAACAGUGGAAACAAAUAAUCCAAGAGCAUUUAAAAGAGACCAGUUACAAGGAAUGACACCAAGCUCUCAUGCUUCCUCUCUUUCAUCGUUGCAGUCGCCAUUUCUAGGGAAAUCUAUGCCUGCAAACCCCCACACUACGAAAGAAGAUGCCAAUUCUAUCAUAUCGAAAGAAGCAAUGGGUAAUGGUUUAGAAGAAUCUUUAGCUCAAUCCAGCGGUGCAAUUUCAUCACCCAUGAAACAGCUGUUAACCAACAAUGUCAAAAACUCAAUUGGGCUUCAAUUGCAACCUAGUGACGUAACUAUCAACGAAACCGAUGAAGUGCCGAAAACUCCAUCUGAUAGUGCUACAGUUAGAAGAUCACCACUGAAUACAAGCACACCAUCGCCUAAAAUCAUAGCCUUCAGAAAAUCUAAACGGUCCAUUAGUGAAGAUGGGUUUCCAUCUGAGCCUGCCAACAAACCAGACGAAAGGUACGAUUCAAAGUUGUAUACUAAUGAAUUUUAUAAGGAUACUCAGUACCGCUAUGCCACAAUGAAAAGGAAUACUGACUUUCAUCAACUUUUUCGCUCUUUGGAUUUAACUGAUAGGUUAUUGGAUGACUUCUCAUGUGCCUUGAGCAGAGAAAUCUUGUUGCAAGGUAGAAUAUAUGUCAGUGAAAGCUAUAUCUGCUUCAAUUCUAAUUUGCUAGGAUGGGUAACCAAUAUCACUAUUGAGAUGGACGAAAUUAUUAAUUUUGAGAGGAAAACAACGGCUGGGUUGUUUCCAAAUGGAAUAAUGAUCGAGACUAAGGAUACGAGACAUAAUUUUGCCAGCUUUCUUUCUAGAGAUGUCACUUUUGAUUUUAUGACUACGGUAUGGCAAAAGUCCACGGGUAGAAAAUUAGACUUGAAUGAGGAAAAUCUGUCUCUCAGGAAUUCAGUAGUAGACAAUUCUGAUUUAUCGGAGAAUAAUGAUUCAAUUAAUUCUCGCAAGCUAGACUCUUAUAUCUUGUCCAUCGACGGUGAUGAUGAUAAUGACAAUGAUGACACCUCUAGCGAUAACCAACCACAAACUAUUGAUGAAGAGGCUGUACCGGAAGAAAGCGAAGCAUUAACAACCGUUAGUACUAAAAUUUUGAAGUUUAAAGAGGAUUCCGGAUACAAAAAUAUGGGUCCAGAAAUCCACCCCCCUACAGAAUUAGGUGAAGCAUUCCAGCUGACAGAUGGCGAGAUUGAUCUUUGUGAUGAAAUCAUUGAUGGUCCUGUCGGCGUAGUCUUCGAAAUUUUAUUUGGAAGUUCUAAUACUAGGUUUAUGAGAAGAUUUUUAGAAAGUCAAAAAGGCUCUGAAAUCUCAGAAUUCAGUAAGUUCCAUCCUAUGGAAGAUGACCCAACCAAGCUUGAAAGAACGUUCACAUAUAAAAAAGGUUUAGACUAUUCCAUUGGCCCAAAGUCAACCAACUGUGAAGUUAGUGAAGUCAUUGAGCACUUGAAUUUUGCUGAUUACGUUGUUGUACAUACAAGAACUAGGACUCCAGAUGUGCCUCUGGGUAAUGCAUUUUCUGUUAUGAAUAAGUAUUUUUUCACCUGGGGCCCGAAUAGCUCUACUCGUCUUAGAAUGACUUUCAAGGUUUCCUGGACUGGCAGAUCUUGGAUUAAAAGUGUUAUCGAAAAACAAACUUUUGCAGGGCAGGUUGCAAACACGCAGGCAUUAUUAAAAAUUUUUAAUGACGAAAUGAAAUCAUCAACGUAUUAUGUUGACGGUCCUUCAAUUGUGAAGAGCCCGGAUGAGGAUGAGGAAGAAGUGACGCCAAAGGCACCAAUGCUCGAGGAAAAAGAGAAGGCAGAAGAAAAAGAACUUACCAAAAAGUCUGCAAUCUUUCUCAGCUUUAUUAAAAGUAACGUCUCAGCAGUAUUUUUUUUCUUAUUCAUAAUAAUGAGCGUCAUAUUUGCAUUACAAUUGAAGAUCAUCGCCUCAAUUAAUGAAACGAACAGUAUAGUUAGAGCACAAUUCUUGGUCACUUCGCAAUUAGUGUCAACCGUAAAUAGUAUGACGAAUCGAAAGGGAAUAUUAAAAGUUGAUUUGGAUCAAAAGUUAAAAAACUCCAAAGACGAACAGAAUGACUUUUGGAACUGGGUGAAUACCAAGUAUAAAACAAAGUUGAAUACGUUAGACAAAGUUGAAUUCUUAACAUAUCACAUUAAUGCUUUAUUUCCCAAAACAAAAUCUAAGAAAGGAGUCAGCGAUUCAUUAGAAGAGAAAUUCAGUGACCUUAAAAAGGCCGUUCAGGGUUUUAAUUAUGAAGAAUACUUUGGAAGCGAUCAAAAAGAAAAUAUAGGAGCGCUUAUUUGA